UAUAUGAUAGGAAAAUCCCAUUUAAAAAACGAGAACGACAAAAGUACACCCUUGUGCGGUGGUUCAAUAUUCGAAGAAUUUCCCCCCAAACCCUAAAAUUAGGGUUUAUUUUAAUUUCUCUUUCAAAUUUUGAUUCGUUCUGUUUGCAUUUGGUACGUUUGUUUGCUUUUUGUUCCUUCAAUCGGGCUUUAUCGCCCAUUUCGCAUUGAAAUCCAUGGUCAUCGCUUUACCAUGGAGCCCUCUUCACUGCAAUCCACUUCUCCCAUUCAACAACAAGAUGAUGACGAGUGGGACACCGAUGGAUUUGUGAUUCCGAGUUUGGGAAUUCAAGACUCUGAUCAAAGUAAAAACAAUGCUGCAAGCGUAGAAUCGCCAAAUUCUGCUGCAAAGACUAAGAAGGAAGAGAAGAUCUAUCUUGGUCCACACGGAGCGCCGCCUUCGCAACCAAAACAACAAGAGGUAAUUCCAUCAAACCGGAAGCAGCGGUUCAAGCAAAAGCUGAAAGAAGCUGAUAAGAGAAUUAGUGGGACAGGUAGGGAGAAUAAAGUGGAUAACCUGAGGGAGCUUGUAGGUGGGGAGAAAACAAGUGUCGGCAUGGCAAAGGGAUCCUCUCCUAAGGACUGGUUAGAUCCACAUUGCCAUGAAGCUGAGUUUGAGAGGAGGUGAUUCACACAUUGAAGAUUUUAGUUUCUUGAAGUUAUUUAUUCUUGGAGAACGUCCAAUUUAGCACUUUUUGUUAUAGUUCGAUUUGAUGCAUCAUUCAAGACAUGGGUUACAGAGGUUUUGUACUCUGACAAUAAGUUUAUCACCUGGUCUUUUGAUAAUAAAGUUAUUAUGUUCAGUAGUCAGUAAUUAUACUAUAGUUCCUUGUGGAAAUUAUGGGCUUGAAACGUUGAAUUCUGUCGACUACUAAUCGACGAAGAAAAAAAAGUUCAGUAGCUAAGCAAAUGAAACAGGAAGAUACAGAGUGGCCCAAGAAUAAUGAAAGAAAUAAAAACCGUUUUCAUGUUCAGAAUUCUCUUCCAGGUUUAUAUAUUAGCAUGGAUGUUUUCUGAAGGAAGAUAACUGUACUUAAGUAAUGUGGUAAGAAUAGUUUACUCAAUUGUCUUGUUUCAUGCAGUAAUGUUCAUGUACUAUUUAUAUGAAUGACAAUGAGCUCAUGUUUGCACACAAAAAUGUCAAAACCGGUCAACUUAUAUGCUACA